AUUAUUGAUCACAAUGCUCAGAAAUUGGACACAAUGUAAUAUACAAACUAUGAAAAUGCACGAAAUGGACCUCAUAUAAAUGAAUUCAUUUAAUUUGUAACGAUUAUUGUAUACGUGCUUAGUUUUGUUUACUUAUUCGGGCUUUACUCUCGUGUCUUGUUUGCUGUAUUGUUAGGAUUUUAACUGGUUUUAUUGCAGAGGUUGAAGGUCUAUGGUUGUAUCCUUUCGCGUAAAUGGAUUCGUGGAGAGAAGUGAGUAACCCCCUUUUCCUCCCCAAUCUUUGUUUAUGUAGUAAUAUACAUAUUUUCGUAAAGGUAUUAUGUUGGUCUCUCUGUGCUGAUUGGUGCCCAGGUUGGUGAGUGAACGCCCUGCGAUUAUGUCAGAUUGCGUGCAGACCAAACCAGCCCAGCCUUUGAACUUCACCGCUUUUGGCUCUCAUUCACCAGCUUUUCCUCAUUUCCAAGCCAGGUGGUUUGCAAGGCGAGACACCUCCAGGAAAAACACAAAUACUUUCAGACCAAUCGACGCCGGGACUUGCACACCUCGGUGGAUCUUGCGCGCGUGGCUGUUUUUCCUCGCUUCCUUUCGCGCUGAUUCUGAAACUGAAGAAUCAAACGCUGGAUUUUUAUUUAUUUAUUUUUUCCAUAUUCUGUACACACUGCUCAUUCGAUAACUGGUAUGAGCAGCGGCUAUCUUCAGGACAGGUGAAUACAUUUUCUGGUUGGUUUAGCAACUCUCAUUAUUAUUGUAAAGAGGACUAAACGUGAGCUCUUAAAAUGUCAAAGCCGGUAGAUCACAUCAAGAGACCCAUGAACGCCUUCAUGGUUUGGUCCCGGGGCCAGAGGAGAAAAAUGGCACAGGAGAAUCCCAAAAUGCACAACUCAGAAAUCAGCAAAAGACUUGGCGCAGAGUGGAAGCUGCUUUCAGAAUCUGAGAAGCGACCAUAUAUUGACGAGGCGAAAAGACUGCGAGCACAGCACAUGAAAGAACACCCUGACUACAAAUACAGACCAAGACGCAAGCCCAAGAAUUUACUCAAGAAAGACAGGUACGUCUUUCCCCUUCCCUACCUUGGGGACACGGAUCAUUUGAAAGGACUUCCUGUAUCUGCCACGGACACUCUUCUGGGAUCCUCAGAAAAAGCCAGAGCGUUCCUGCCGCCGACAUCGGCACCUUACUCUUUCCUCGACCCUAGCCAGUUCAGUUCUAGUGCAAUUCAGAAGAUGACAGAGAUGCCCCACACUUUGGCCACCAGCACUUUGCCAUAUGCGUCUUCGCUAGGAUACCAGAAUGGCGCUUUUGGAAGCUUGGGCUGUCCGAGUCAGCACACCCACACUCACCCAUCACCGACAAACCCUGGGUACGUCGUACCUUGUAACUGUACUGCCUGGUCAGCGUCGAGUUUACAGCCCCCGGUUGCCUACAUACUUUUCCCGGGUAUGACCAAAACUGGUAUAGACCCCUACUCUUCAGCACAUGCAGCUGCUAUGUAACGCGAAAAAAAUCAAAACAGACUAAUUUCUCUUGAAUACAGCAAUGCAUGUAAAUAAGGACAUCGAGUCAAGAAAAAUGAUAAAACUAAGUGAAGCCGUGGACUUCUGUUUUAAAGGAAAACGAACUGAAACUUUUUACGAUCACAAACAGGACGUUUCUACAAAGACCUCCGCACGGAACUUGGAAUACCUGUAAGGCAGGUGCCCUGUGAACUCUAAGAAUUGUAAAUGUUAAAACGUUUAUUAAUGGCCACCGACGAGGUGGUCUUUAAGUUUAUUUAUUAUGUGCAUUUUGAUGCUAUGACAAACAAUUUUGUUUAAUUAUUAAUAUUAUAAUAAUCUUAUUUUCAAGACACUUUGGUUUGCACAAUUAAGAAGUUCUUGUCUCCUGUAAAAUGGAAUGAUUUUUGGCACUCAGAAUUUAAAAGAUGAUUAGAUGAGAAUUAGGACCUCUGAGUAAAAAGCGGGAUAUAUUGUUUAUAUUUAUUAAACAGACGCAUAAAAUUAGAUUGUUUAUUUAAAAUAACAAAUGGAAAAUUAUAUACUUUCUAUUAUUUUCAUUUUCAUAUUUUUUCUGUGGUCCAGUGCUAAUAGUAAAACGUUUAUUUGAUUUUAGAAAGAACUUCAAAUAUGAAGUCAGGCAGUUAAUGUUGUAUUUUCAUCUGAGAAGGUAAUUUAACCUGUCAUGUCAUGGAAAGGAAAUGUAUCCAGAAGGAUGUUACCUCGUUUCUCUGUUCAUUUGCCGAGCAAAGACAUUUUGAAUAAAGACAAUCUGUCUUCAAAAA